AUGUCGGCAAAUGCAUUGAGCGCCCGCGGGAGCCUUCUGACGCCGCCGGGCUCUACCAGCGGCAUUCGGAGUGACCCCACGAUUCAUCGGCCCGCCACGGGCUUGGAUCUUUCUAUCGCAAGUCCUGAAAUGGAGAAAACACAGCCGAUUCCUACGGGAAAGCGGCGCGGUGGGAGCAGGAAGGCCUGCAAUGAGUGUAAACAGCAGAAGCUCCGAUGUGAUAUAGUUCAAACUCCAGCUGCAGUAUGUUCGCGCUGCCGGCGACUGGGGAUUGAGUGCAAGGUUGAACCUUCUUUCAAACGGAUUUCUAAACGAAGGCGAAAUGCCGAGAUGGAAAAGGAGAUUGCCGAUCUCCGAAGACGUCUAGCUAGUGGUGAACAUGCCCGGUCUGGGGAAGCCCGUCCGAGUGACGAACUAUCUCAGUCCUCGGAGGAUGCCUUUUGCGGUCCUGGUUCUGCUACAUCCAACACAGGGAGGCCGCUGUCCGUUCCGGUAGAACCACAGCCGUCUCUCACAUCGCCUUUGACUGCUAUCCAGGGUCAUGGUUCGAUUCUCUCCCAGGACGGCAAUCCAUGGAGAUUAGAAGAUGUUUCUCUCUCGAGAGGGAGAGUAUCUCGACUAUUUGAACAGUAUUUCAGGUUCUAUCACCCUUUUCUUCCCCUUCUGGAUCCCCAAAAAGGCCCGGAGGAGUACCUCAAUCGUUCCUCUCUUUUAGCAUGGACUAUUGUCUGUGUCGCCAGCCGCCGUGCUCCAUCAGAACCCGGCCUCCUCAUUUCGCUUUCAGGCCCAUACAACAGACUCCUUUGGACCACAAUUACUGCUGUGCCACAAGAUUAUCAUGUUGUCAAGGCGCUUUGCCUUCUUUGCACGUGGCCACUACCCACGACCAGUCAGAGGACUGACGCUACAUUCAUGCUCAGUGGACUGAUGAUGCAGAUUGCCAUGCAACUGGGAUUGCAUCGCCCGGUGCAGGCUGAAGAGUUCACGACUUUCCGGAUGGAAGUCAAGGGAGAAGCAUUGAAGGAUCGGUUGCAGACCUGGGUCGUCUGCAACAUUGUAGCCCAGACUGUCGCCACCGGUUACGGGCAACCUCCCAGCACCAUCUAUGAUUGGGCCCUUGAGCCAGCGUCUUUGAAUGAUGCCGACUACCACCCCUCAGACGAACUGAGGAUUCGCUUGCGCAUUGAAAAGUUCUGUGACAGGGUCACAAGAGCACUGUAUAGUAGCAAGCCUGAAGCAGCUGAAUUUCUCAGCUCCGAGAAGUUGCUAAUCGUUCAACUUCUUGAGAGUGAGCUUAAGGAGAUGGAGGUUGAGUUUUGCAACGGGAUAUCGCAUGUUAAUAUGAUCCAUCUCCGCGCUGCGGAAUUGCAUUUAAGGUAUUUCGUGUUUCUGGGAGCCAGUGCACGGAGUGAAGACGUGACGAAGCUCUUCAUCGCAACGACGUCGUUUCUUGGACGAGUGCUGGACCUCGAGACAUCGCCGGGAGAGCUGCUCGGUCAUGCAACGAAUUAUAUUCUCCAAAUGAUCGUGUCGGCCGCAUUUGCUCUUAUGAAGAUGCUAAAGAGUUCGUUCAAUCGCCAUAUCGAUUUCGAGCAUGGGAAACUGCUCUUCAAUGGAGCGAUCUCCGCAAUCAGGCGGGUCAGCGUUAUGGAUCAUGAUCGACCGGUGCGGCUUGCCGACAUCCUCGCGCAAAUGUGGAAUGCCAAUGGUUCUGAGGUUGAUUCCGGCGAGGAUGCCUUGCAUCUCAAGGUCCGAUGCCGAAUGAGCAUGAGCCAUGUGUAUGAUACAGUAUGGCAUUGGCGGCAGAGGUUCAGGCCGAUGCGGAACACGGACGACGUGCAAUCUGUGGCAGCCAACCAGAACAUGGUGAACACUGCUGGUUCUGUUGGCCAACAGCCAGAUAGCAACACGUUGAAUGACCCAACGCUGGUCUUCCCAGCCCAAUUUCAGCAAGGAUUCAUGGGCGAGGCGGGCUUCUCCGAAGUCUUCGAUUCUCUGAAUUGGGUAUUUGACGGGAUCCCUGAUUCCUUGGUUGCUCCUCCAGUUAUAUAG